GUCAAUUCUAACUUUUUAAACAAGGGUCAAUCGUAAACGCAAAGCGGCCAGCAACGUGAGAAUGAGACUGCACAAUAGUCCGCGGCGCAACACCUGUAGAAUCGUCCUCUGAUGAAGAUGUCAGUAGUGACGACAUCGAAUUGGUUGGGUAAUUGUACAACAACAUUUUCGAGGCCUUUCUCGUCUUGAUUGCUGCGGUUGUUGAAUCUACUUCGUGUUUUGCUUUGGCCGGUGGUGUCAAGACUGUAUAGCACAAGCUGUAUGAGGAGCCUCUACUAAAUGGCACGGGAACAUCAGGAUCAGUCUUCCCAUUGCGCUGGUUUGUCGUCCACCUCAACAUCAGACGACAAAAUUCAAGGACUCUUACGCGACGACGAGAGGCAGAGCGAGCAGAAGCCGCCGGGUGCGCUUUUGACGAGCAAUCGAGAGUCGAAAGCGUCGUCUUCGUCCUCGACGCCUUCUGCCUCGGUAGUUCCCGCGCAGCGGAAAUACUACAAGAUGGGCGUGUGUUGCGGGCCCUGGGGCGCUGCGAGCGGUUCUAAGUCGCCGAAGAAACAGCAGGCACCACUAGAGGCGGAAAGCAAAAUGCAGGAGGAUACGAAUGCGAGCGGACCGGUCUCCAGCAGCGAAAACCCACCCAGUCGUGCAAAACGUUUUUAAGAUUCUUUCAGCCGGCUGAUUUAUUCUAAACAAGAUUUGUUCACAAGCACAGACAAAGUCACAAUCCAACGUAAUAAAGUUACCCGAUUUUUGUACGUAGUUGGUUGUGUCGGUCCUUUAUCGGUGCACAUACUAUACAAAACUUCUACUUGAAGAACCCGGUUCCCAAAUACAGCCGCCCGCGGAUUGACCGGUUCGCUAACGGAAGUGAGCGCCGUGAGCCAGAACGAGAAAAUUUUGCUAUCCAUAGACACGGAGGACGAUAUGAGAACGGUGCGGUCCGACUUUUCCGAAGCCCGGCCCGUGCUGAGCAUGACACUCUCAAGGCAAAUGAGUUGGAGCUCGCAAAGUCCCGGGAGGGCUUUUCCGCCAGGAGGUACUUCCACAGAUCAGCUUUUUCUUUCGAGAAUCUGUCUUCCGUAUACUACACGAGAACACGACACGUCUACAUGGCUGCGAUUUUUUUUUCUUGCAGCAGCACACACCAGAAGGCUUCCAUUUUUUACGGGUGAAAAAUCGCAUUGCGCACCUCAUCUCUACUCAACAUCUCGCAGCGGAAAUCCCGUGGUUCUCCGUGUUUGACUCGUUGCCGAAAGAGCUGAACAUGGAGACCUCGGCCACGAGGUUCAAGGUACGCAACGUCGGGUAUAAGCAGUCCGGGGAGAAGAUUUUUUCGAAGCCCGCCCUGUACGACUUGAUCGGCGGGGACGUGGUGCAGGCGAAAAACGGCAGGAUACACGAGAUCGUGAGCAACUGGGACUGCAAGUUUCCGCGCAAUAUCACACAGAAAAAAGCUGGCAGGACACAUUUGUAAUGCAAAAAUAAAUACACAAAAAAAUCUCUAUUGCAUAUCCGAAACAGCAUGCUAUGGGGCCACCCAUGACAAAUUUUUGUGUGUAUUUAUUUUUGCAUUACAAAUAUGCCCUGCCAGCUUUUUUCUCUGGGAUACGCAAGGCGGGCUACAAGGAGGAGUGGGGCAUCCCGGAAAUCUUAGUGGAGCACGGGGAGGUACCGUUCAAGUCUGGCGGGCUGUUCAGCUCUCAUCCGGUAGACGACUUGGGGUUCAACCUCGUGGGCUACUUCAUCCUAUCCGAUGAGGCCAUCCGACUCCUCUCCACUGGCACCUGGACGCCACAGCUGCGGCUGUGGAAACGAAUCGUGGAUCAGGGCCGGAGCGAGAAAAAGGGGCUGGCGCUGAAAAAAAUCGUGCAAGUCAGGAACGUGGCCGAAAUGAACGUGCCAAACCUGUUCAAGAGCUAUAACGGUAUGUUGAAACUCAAACGCAGGCUUUUUAAGGGUGUUGCGGAUGCAUAGAGUUUCGUCGUACUAUACUCUCUUAGUAGAUUUUCACGAAUGUUUUCUCUCUACUCAUGCGUCCUGAAAUGCUCAAUCAUAUCAAGCGCAAUUGAGCUGCAGUGUAUGACCUGAACUACGCAAUAUCAGGUAAGCCCGUGCUCCUUUCCUACAGCGCGCGGUUCAACAGGGUGCAUGCGCCCCGGAUACUAUGGAUUGCAAAAGUGUCUGGGUCUGGAAGAGUCGGGACUUGUCAUGCACAUUUUGCAUGACCCGUGAGGUCUGUGAUGCUGGUGCUAGCAUCACAGAUUUUUUGAGAGCUUCUUGAUGCUAAUUACGCAUGAGAAAUUGCCUCUCCGCGUGCCAAGAACUGACUCCUUUUGCUGCUCAUGCAACACAGAUACUUUUAGAAUCGCAGACAGCAUUACAAGUUGCAUUCUUCCAGACCCAGACAUUUUUACAUUUGAUAGAUACUCGAGAUAGACUACGACGUGCGAACCUGGGGCUACGCGUUGCGAUAUCAAAUGGAAAAAUUUCCCCUCCCCAUAUUGAAAAGGUAUGUUGCCGAAAAUUUGCGUUGCUGAUUUGAGGUCACAAAUCGUCUCUGUGUUGCAUGAACGCAACUCCCCAAGCUCCGCCGCAUUCUACAGGAGGUUUGUCAUGCUGUUUUAGCUACAGCGUCGACGUCUGUCAUGCUAAGCGCGUAGGCCAAAACCUGUAGACUCAGGCUUAGUAUGGGCCUGCAGUCCUCGCCAGCAAGACAAAUCUCAUUUGUGUACGCAAAUCCAGCAUCAGAAACUUCGUUUUGAUAUGGGGAGGGGGGAUUUUUCCUUGCGAUAUGCGCACCGCAAUACCAACGGUGUUGGGCAAGCUUCCUGCCGCGCAAACCGAAUACGCUCUGCUGGUCGAGGGCAAGGAUGAUGACGAGCUACCGGAGCAGAUAUUGUGUUGCGGGGGAUACAAUAACCUCGAAAUUACGAAGGUACCGUUUGCGGAACCGCUGGAAGUAGACGACUCGUGAUAUUAUUCGGAAUUUCAUGAUUUUUUACAAGGCAGGACAGCCUACUUACUUGAUUGCGCCAAUAUUUUUGUGUCCAUGUCUGUCAUAGUGUACCCACAGAUUUUUUUUCGCGCCGCUCACGGGUACAAACGCAUGUUGUGGAUCUUCUCUAAGUAGUUGAAGGUUUUGAGUAAUGCUGUUGCUCCUGGGGUGACUCUGGUCACUACGUGGCACUAGAGAUCGUAGGAGACUAGUGCUAUGUAUUCUCACAGUCAAUGCGUCCGCGUUUUGAAGCACAAAGUGCGGGGACGUACCUCCCCACGAUGUUUGAAAAUGAAUUUCGGUUUUGUGGCUGAGUUGCGCAGUACACUCGUAGCUGAUUGAAUUCUCGCAUGAGCAAUGAUAUACAGUUGCUAGGAUGUAUAUCGCGAUUGCCACGAUUGCCUGUCUGAAACACUAUCACGCGCCAAUCAUGUGAAAGACUUAGAUUUUAAUCUUUCGCUUCAAGUUAGUUGCACCAUCUUGCCACACACGAAGCGGUCUUUGCACACAAGUACUAAACUUUUCGGAACAAGGAUCGUCGCGAGCCUGGUCC